CCUUCAUGGUGUUCUUCUCUUGGCUUUUUGGCUCAGUUGGGAACUGAUAUUUUCCUGAAACUUCCCUAUUUUCUACUGCUGAUUACUCAAGAACGGAAAAAGGUUGAACGUCUUGGCGGUGUUUCCUGUCACAUGGCCUGCUGGAAAUCGGAUCCCUACGCGCUGCUAUCUAGUCCCGGGCUCGGGGGUGUCGCUCUGUCAGAAGCUGCGUGCGAGACUCGGAGCGUGGACGCGGACUUUCCCGAGCAGAAACGAGAAGAGCUGCUUCACUUCCUCACUCAACCGCUCACCUGGGCGCCCUUCCCGGCUCGCACCAUGGACCCGUGGACCACCGGCGCCUCCGCGCUCCUUGUGGCCGCCUUUGCUCUGUCCUCCGCGGCUCUCAGUCACUUCGACACCGAGUGUUACACGGCCAACGGAGAGGACUACAGGGGCUUUCAGAACCAGACCAGCCUGCAAGGCGGUAAACCGUGUCUCUUCUGGAACGAGACCUUCCAGCACCCCUACAAUACGCUCAAGUACCCCAACGGCGAGGGCGGCUUGGGCAGCCACAACUACUGCAGGAAUCCGGACGGGGACGUCCAGCCGUGGUGCUACAUCGCCGACCACGAAGACGGAAUCUACUGGCGAUACUGCGACAUCCCGACAUGCCAAAUGCCAGGUAACUUGGGCUGCUUCCGGGACAGCGGCGACCCCCCCGCCCUUUCCGGCGCCACCGAGACGUCCAACAAGCUCACCAUCCAGAACUGCAUCAGCUUCUGCAGGAAGCAGAGAUACAAGCUUGCCGGCAUGGAGUCGGGGUACGCUUGUUUCUGUGGCAACGAAGUGGACCUGCAGGACCACAACGAGUCCCCCAGCAUGGAGUGCAACCAUGUCUGCUUCGGCGACCACACGCAGCCGUGCGGAGGAGACGGCUGGGUCAUCGUCUUUGACACCCGGGUGGGGUCCUGCGGGGGGAACUACACCUCCCCGUCUGGAGUCAUCUACUCGCCUGACUUUCCAGACAAAUACGGAGCCAGUCGUGUUUGCUAUUGGACCGUGCAGGUGCCCGGAUCCUCCGCCAUCCUGUUCAACUUCACCUUCUUCGACAUCUCGGAUCAGACCGACAUGGUGGAGCUGCUGAACGGCUACACCAACCAGGUGGUGGCACGCUUUGACUGGCGCAGCCCCCCGAGGGAGCUGGUCAACAUCACUGGAGACUUUGUCAUAGUUUACUUCUACUCGGAUCGCACCAACCAAGCCCAGGGUUUUGCUCUGCUAUACCAAGCACUGAGAACCCACAAAGCCCACGACAACGACAACGACGGCGGCGGCGAGACGACUGGGGACGAAGACGAGGGCUUCUCCAGCACUGUGGAACCUCCCCGGUCGCCCCCCGCCGUCACCGACAGGUCCAACCUCACCUCCAAAGGACGCUCCUCACAGAUCCUCUACGUCAUCACGUCCAGCCCCGGCAAACAGGACCACAACAUGCCAGGUCAGUGGGCUGGACCCGGCGAGACCACCGGCCACAGCGCUAUGUGGACCAUCUACGCCCUGGCCGCCCUCCUCAUCCUCACCGUGGUCGCCAUGGUGGCCAAGCUGCUGCUGCACAUCACCGUCAAGUCCCCCGGCGUUCCCACGGUGAGCGGCUCGGACGGCUGCGGCCAGAACCCGGCCUCGUCGGAGCCUUGGAUCAUCCUGUACCGGCCCUCCACCAUCUCACUCUUCAAGAAGAAGCUAAAGAACCACCACGGCGACCUCAGCCCGCUGGUGGGCAACUAGUGCCACGGCUGCGCUGCCUUGUCGGGACCAAACGCGACCCACGACACCACCCGACCCGCCCACCACCACCGAGGGUGGGGGGCGUCACAGAAGUGCCCUCAGAUAACGGAACUCUUAGCGAGGUGUGAAGCUAACUAGUGGCGGGCCCUGGCCGCCCUGCGGAGGGACAGGGGGCGGGGCUGGGUUGGAGGCCCACCUGACUUUGCAUCGCAGGCCUCCUGGGGACGACUCACUGGCACUCGGCAUCGCUUCUUCUGUUCCGCGGCUUCUUUUUCAUCGUAUGCAAAGUGGCUCGUUUUCGGAGGCUUCUGCGGGGACGGGGCGGCGUACACGGAAGACAUCACAUCACAGCGAGAGACGAGAAAAGAAGAGGAGGCGGACGGACGCGGCACUCAAGGGCCGUAGGAGAUCUGGGGGUGGUGGAGGUGGAUGGGGUGUGGCGUUCAAGUGCCUUAAGGAUCUCCUGGUCCCUCUUGGACUGCAGUGAAAGGGUGCGUCUCUGCUCCGUGGACCCCGGAGGAGGAUUUAUUUUUGUAGCCUGAUGAAAUGAGGCGUUCAAGGACCUUCAGUUCAUUUCUCAUACUGAACAUAUUGUUCACUUCAGCUGUGACAGGUUGGAGCGGUGCGUGGGGGAGGAUCCCUGCUGUAUUAUAUGUCAUUCUGCCGUGACAUGUGGGCAAAAGUAUUGGGACACCUGACAGUACAGGAAGCGAAGAGCAGCUGAGGUCCGCACUGAGCUGAAACAAUCAUUUGGAGUGCAUGAGAAAGUGGAAAAGAAAACGCAUCUCGUUUAUGAACGCGUACGUUGCACAACGCAGCGACAUUUUAAAGCACAUGCAGAGCUAGAUAAAGCUGCUGGAUGCUUCAAAUGCAGCCGCACUGCCGUCUGCCAUCUUCAACAUUUUGACGAAAAUAAGCCCGUGUCCCAAUACUUUUGCUCACAAUGCGUUUAUUGUUUUGUGUGUCCACCCGCCAAAAAGCCAAAAGGGUCCUUUUUCUGGUUCUUGCUCCUGAGCUGCUCCCAAAAUGUUGAAAGCUGAGGCAUUUUUGUGCACUGCCUGCCUGUCAGGCUGAGGUCCAAACGCACUUAGAAAGAACCCAAAAACGUACUUCCAGCAACCACAGCACUUGCACGCGGCAGCAAAGUCCUUCCUGUGCAGUUCUUCCAAGAAAAGGCGCAAAGUAGAUGAGCGGGAAGUCAUGUUGAUGAGUGGCAUGGUCUUACGGCCGUGCAGCAAGUCCAAAACUUCAAGAGACGUGCUCACGCCAAUGUUCAGGCUAAUAGCCCCUUUCACACAGCCUCUAACAUCCGACAUUUCCCUUCUAUCACGGGGCAAUAUUGCACCUUUGGAGGCGGGGUCAGAGGCGGGUCAAAUGCCAGCUUUUCUGUUGCGGACGUGACGUGGUCAUUUUGCAAGGUGCCUGUGUGGAAAAAGGGUAGUUGAGUUAUUUUUAGGGCUUUCUGACGUUGGUGUUGCAGUUCUGUGGAAACGGCACCGACACAGGAUGAAGGGACCAAAACGAUCCGGCAAUUUUCCUCCCUGGGACACGGCACGCAUAGUUGGGAAAUAUCCUGCCUUGGCUUUGUUCCAUGCACAACAGGGGUGUCCAAAGUGUGGCCCCGAGGGCCGUUUGUGGCCUGCAGCUGUUUUUUUUUUUUAUUGGCCCACAGUAAAUUCUAAAAAUAUAAUUUAAUAAGAAAACUACAAACAAAAACAUGUAAAAACAGCAAAAAUGUGCAGUAAUUUUAAAAUAUUAAGACACAAAAAAGGUUGGAUCUUUACGUGUGAAACGUAAUAUUAUGAGGAAAAAUAAUAUUUUAGUGACAUGGAGAUGAAUAUUAACUCAUUCAGUCCCAGCCAUUUUUCAAGGCACACAGAAUAUUGUGUUCUAUGGUUUAGAAACAUGGAAGCUACCAAAAGAAAGCUUACACUCUUGUCUUUUGUCAGAAAAAAAGCCAGUUUCUACCUUUUUGUGUUCUUUAGUAAUCAGCAGGAGAACGUAGGUACGUUUCAGGAGAAUGGGCAAUGGGAGAAAACCAUCCUUUUGUGAAAAGAUACGUUUCAAGCAUAACUUUCACUUUGAAACAUCUAUUUUUUGCUUUUGUGACAGCUCAAAUAUCUAAACAACUAUACCAACAUAAACAAGACAAAACAGGGGUGUUUUACAUCAAAAUGACAAUUUAUUUUCAAAUAUAACCAUGAACUAUUUACAAUUUGUGUGCACGCGUUAAAAAUUCCCGACAAUGCGUUCCUCAACUUCCUCCUUGCUGUCGUGUGAUUUUUUUUCCAUUCAGAUUGACAUGCCGAGCUCUUAUCAAACGCACUUCUGCCACCUUGUGGCCGUUUUUAUGGCUUAAAAUUGCUCUGAAAGUGACAUCCAUUAGUGUUAGGUUGCGUCCUCACCUCUUUUUGCCUCUCAUGCAAAAAACCCAAAAGAUGUAUAAAAACGUCUUUUGAUAUUGAAUGAAUUAAAGAAAAAUAACGAUAUUUUUUAAAGAUGUUCUGUAGAAACGGCACCAACACAGAAUGCAGGGACCAAAACAAUCUGAUCUCGUACGAGAGCCGUAACGCACACACACCCGACACAGUUGCGGCAAUAUCUCGCCUUUUCUGCUGUCUGUGUGCAAGGCUAAAUGUGGAUAAAGCCUGUUCUUGUGUUACGGCUCUGAUGCGGCCAUUUUGCCGGAUCUCUGUGUGAAAGAGGCUAUUGCCGCUAAAAAAAAAACUUUUAUUUGUAUUUGUUCUGUAAAAACGGCACAAUGACUUAAGAUGUUGUGACGACCUGACAAUUUUCCGCCUUUGGACAUGUUAUCAGAGCCGUAAUGCGCACAGAUGUGGUGCUUCCACAAUGGCGGGACACCCGACACUAACGGUCGUGGCAACAUCCCGCUUCACAGAGCUCUGUGUGAAAUGGACAGACAAACAAAUACAUGGUUUUUCAGGAUCUCUGUGUGACAGACUUAACAAUGCGUGACUCGCAGGAACAAUUGAUGCCUGCCGCUUUCUGCGGUUGAGUAGAUAAGCACCCCACGCCACUCUUUGAGGAAACAAUGGCAUCGCCGGUCGACUUGAGAGGCACCCGUGAUGUGAAAACGGGGACAAAAGACGGCUCAAAAUGCCGGAGCAAAUGGAACCACGGUCCAGUCUGACGCUAACAGAACCAAACGGGGGCAGGUUUGUUCUGGACCCUCGUUGUGCAAACAUCCCACCAGGCUGUGUGAAAUGUGCUCAGCGGGGAAGCAACGUGGACGAGGUUGUUUUCUUUUGUCAUGGAACAUACAGUAUGUACAUAGCAGAAAUAAUGAGAUUUAUAAUUUAUACAGUAAAUUAUUCUUCUUUUCUACAUGAGUCUUUUUGUACAAGUCCAGUACCUGCUUGGUUUUAUUUCACGUGUGUCCCGGUUGCAGAAAUAAAAACCGUACGCAUGUUUCCCCAACUCUUCAUCGAGUCUUUCUUUGGCUUGUGUGGGAAAAAACCUCCAAAGAAACUUGCUGCACUUUUCCAAAAGUGCAGCAAAUUCAGCGUGACUUCUAAACGUUGAUCAGAUAUGGGGAAUGACUCCCAGAUCUUCACACAGGGACAUGUGUGACCCGUUGGCAGCCCCCGCCCUCAUCCUGGAACGGGACGAGCUUGCAACCUGGGAACAAAAACGGGAACAGAGUGUAUUCAAAGAUUCAACGUAAAGGUUUAGCUGUUCAUUUGUGACACGUGUUCCUGUUUAGUUGGCCACGUGUGAAUCCAUUUGAAACAUAUGACAUACUUCUAUGCUUGUCUAGUCCUUUUUCUUUAAUCGAGUUAUGCAUUGUUUAUCUCACAAAGAUGCAUCUGUCAUUUUGAAACGUAAUUAAGUAAAACAACCAAAAAAACAAUUACAAAGAAGUGGAUCAAUAUUUGAAUACGUUAAAAGGCAAACCACAGAUCAGGAAAAAGACUGCUUAUUGAUUUGCAGUCAUUAAGUCAGAGAAACGAAAAAAACAUAAUGGCCCUCUUACGCCCUCUAGUGGACAAAGCAGCACAUAACGGCUGGCUGACAAUUUAUGACACAAAGUUGUUUUUAAUUACCAGCAUCCAUCCAUCCAUUUUCUAUACCGCUUCUUCCUCAUUAGGGUCGCGGGGGCAUGCUGGAGCCUAUCCCAGCUGACUUCGGGCGACAGGCGGGGUACACCCUGGACUGGUGGCCAUCCAAUGGCAGGGCACAUAUAGACAAACAACCAUUCACACUCACAUUCAUACAAUUCAUGCAAUUUAGAGUCGUCAAUUAACCUCACCUGCAUGUUUUUGGAAUGUGGAAUGUGGGAGGAAACACGGAGAAAACC